AUGAGGACGACAACGGCUGAGACGACGGAGCAUAUGUUGCCGUACCUUUCCCCUCCGCGGAGUCUGCGGGUCGCUGCAGACCCGCGGCACAGCUGCCGAUGCCGCCGCCCGCCUGCGCAGUUCGGCUGUGCCAGCUCGCGUUCUCUCAAUGCAGUUGUCUUCGCCUUUGGCAGCCGCCUGGCAGUCAAGUCACGCCGCUGGCCGGGGAUCCAUGCGCCAAACACGCAAGCAUCUGCCGUCUGGCCCGAUCCAAGCGCGGAGCUUCGCGAGGCUGGAGACACAGAGCAGGGGCUCGUGCUGGAGGACUGCACAGCCAGCGUGUCCUUGGACGAGAUGCGCCCCCAUCGGAUGGGUGGCCUGAUCGAUGGCUGGGCUGCACGAUCCUGGACACGAGACCUCCUAGUAGAGCAGUUUGGGCGCUUGGAGUUCCGAGUUCGGCCUUGCGAGACGCUUAAUCAGUACGGCUACGCUGGACCAUCCGAGAGCUACCUAUCUUUGGAGGAGUACUUGUCGGCGGAUUUUGACGGCAGGUCCGUCGUUUUCGAGAACGACUUCGAGAGUAACCGGCACGAGCUUCUGGAAAGUUUCGACGUGCCACCGCUGCUGGCCAGUGUUCAUGGAGCUCCUAUCCUCAGCAUCGGCCGCCAAGAUACGGGCAUCGGAUUCCACAGGCACAGCGCAGCCUGGCUGGCCCAGCUGCUGGGUCGGAAGCUUUGGCUCUUGCUCCCAGGUGGGAAGCGGCCUCCGGCCAGAGCUCCAUGGCAGUACCUGCAGCACCGUCCACCGGGGCUGGUGCCUUGGCGUUCUCGGGUUAGUUACGGUUUCAGGUAG